AUGCGGUAAAAUUGAUCAGACAUUUAAAAGCUAAUCAGAUUUCUUUAGUCAUUGCGACGAGUUCGAGCCGAAAGAAUUUUGACGUAAAGGCUCGCAAUAAUAAAGAUUUAUUUAACAUGUUUGAUCAUAUUAUUUGCGGUAAUGAUGUUAAUAAUGGCAAGCCUGAACCUGAUAUAUUCAUAAAGUCUUGUGAAAUAUUAGGGAACCCUCCUCCAAAAGAAUGCUUGAUUUUUGAGGAUUCGAUAAACGGUGUUAUCGCCGCCCAAAAAGCAAACAUGAGGGUAAUUUGGGUUCCCAAUAAAUUUAUUACGAAUGAGCAUAUAGAAGUUGAUGAUGUUGUUCCGUCACUUUUGGAUUUUAAGCCAGAAAAAUUCUAA